GAAAAAAAAUAAUGAAGAGAGAAGGUCGCCAACACGGUGUUGUUCGGACGUGGAUGAUUCUUCCUUCGGAGUUUAAUCCACGACCCGCAAACCAAUUCGUGAACCGGUUUGAUUCACCACCAGCUUUUGGAGUAUUUGCCAAAGUUUCAUCAAAACCGACUAAUCACUCCAAAUUCACCGGAAAAUGUGAAAGGUCCAAGUGCAGUGGUUGCCAUGUGUCACCGGCUAAAAAGUCGGCCAACAAAUCUAAAGGCCGCCGUAAGGAACAAGCAAUGGCUUGGUGGGCUGAGGAUAAGCUAGACCACCUCGUGAGAUCAGACUCGUCCUCUGCCUAAAGUAUUGUCCACAAAUUAUGUGGAGAAGAUUAUGAUGGUCAUGUGUAAUCAUGAUAAUGAUUAUUAGUCAUCACUUUGAUUCAUACUAGAUGAAGGGUUAUUUUUAUACAUAUAUAUAUGCUGGAACUUAAAUAAACUAAUUUGUAA